CAGGGAAUAAACGAAGAACAGGAAGACGAAGGCUACGUAGAUGAAGACGCAGGCUCACCAGAGGACAACGACGAGGACGAUUUUACGGUUAUAAACACACGGCUAUUUUCCAGUUGGUAAGCCACGCUGUGCAUACAGAAUAAUUUUCAUCUUGCACGCACCCUUCAUUUGGAGUCGAUUUCAACCUUCUCCUGCACCAAAGGUACCAGAGGGGACCCUUUUCACAUAUGGACCCGCAGAAGAUGCGACUACAAUGAUAGCACGUUGAUCAGAUUGCCACUCAUGGGUAGAUUGUUCUUGGUUAGCUUUCCAUCCUUGUGACGAUAACAGUUGGAGUACAACUGCCACAGGUUGACUGCUGAGCUACUCCUUCGCGUGAUCCACCUGAAUCUUCUCAAUAGACUGUACUUCAGCAAAACUCAUAGAAAAAGGUAUCUGCCAGUCUGCUGCUAUGUAUCGCCACAAGUCCCAGUCACAAGCCCCACAGUCUUUCUCCAACACGUCAAGAACUGAUCAACAACAACAACCUCCAAAUCAACAACAUAAUGCCCCUGCCUCAAACAUGUUGUCUGGCUUCCCAUUUCCUCGCCCCACCCAACUUCCUGAUGAGCUGGAGUCAGCUCUGGCUAUUCGUGGUGCCAGGGACAUGGACCAUCACCUAACUGACCACACAAGUCGGCCAAAUCAACAUCAGAACCAAGGCACAGUGUCUGUAAUUGGUCAACAUGGAUGCUACAGUACUAGCCCUAGAACACUGACCAGUGAUAAUCAAACUAGCCACCAUCAUAGGGGCGACUGGUCAAACUUCCAACCUCCAUCUAAAUUGUUUGCCAGCUCUGCAUCUGAUGGGACUUAUCACCCUCAGCAACUCCAAGGGCUUCACCAGCAGACCCAAAGCAACCAAACUGGAUCAGUCGUUCCAAGCUGGGUAUCAAGCGGCUCGUCCUCAUCCCAAGCCCAACAACCCCAUUGUGGAGUUGGGGAUGGUCAGGGUUUGUAUACACCUGAAAGUGCAGGAAGUAUCUUGGCGAGCUUCGGACUAUCAAAUGCCGACCUCGAAGUGCUGAGUCACUACCCAGAUGAUCAGCUAACCCCAGAUACAUUACCUUUUAUUCUCCGUGACAUACAAAUCAACAAGUCGGACAACCAAAAUACAGUGGCACGCAACAUUCAUGGCAAGAUCCUUCCCCCUACAAACACUUCCCAACUGACUGAUACCUGCUUGUCUGAAGUGCCCAGUCUUCUGAUGGUUACAAAGACAGCAGGUAAAGUCAUUGACUAUGGCCAUGCCAGUCGUGCAAAGGAAUGUACAACUAAAGAGACUUUCAAAAGGGAUAAACUCUCAAGUGAAAGAGUGGUUCAGAUGUACUCCUCUGCAUCAACUCCAAAAGUCGAAAAGGCAGAAAAACGUCAUAUACGUAUGGUACACAUGGAAUCAAGCAAGCAUGGAGACCGGGACUAUCGCAGGACAAGUGGUGACCAUCACAAGAGCAGUCUUUCACGGAGUAGUGAAGGUCCACCGUCUAAAUCUCGUGUCGUUGACAAAGACUACAGGCACAAUGGAUCCAAGCAAAGGCUCUCAUCUGAAUCGAGGAGGGAGGUGUACUCAAGGCGGUCUCUUUCGUCUUCCUCUGGCACAAGUGGACACAAUACCAGCAAGAAGUUCCCUGACUCCACCCUUAUAAGUGAUUUCUCUGGCACAAGUCCAAAAGUGUUUCCUCAUUCCUGCUCCCUGUGCCACAUUCAGUGUGAUCAUAAAAAGGACUGGGUUGACCAUAUCAAUACUGUUAACCACACAGCUGCCUGCAGGGACCUGCGCAACAACUAUCCUGAUUGGAAACCAGGCCAAAGCAAAAGCAGAGUGCAUGUGAGACCUCAUUCUCCCCAUGACCAUCGCCAACAUCACGGCACAGGAGAGUCACCACACCACAGUGGCUUAAAGCGCCCUUACAAUGAUCCAAAUAAGAGCUCUGCGAGCACCACGUCCUCCGAGGCGGAUCAAAGCUAUAAACAUGGGCCAUCUCAUUCCUCCAUUAAAACUGUCAAAAAGUCAACAAAGCCUGGGACCAAAACCAAUAAGACUGCAAGUGCCAAGGCGGCUGUACCAGCAUCCAAUCUUCCACCGGCCAAGAAGAAGAAGAAAACUGUGGCUUCACGAUCCCAGGACUCAUCCAAAGCAGGCCGUCUGGUUUAUCUGACUGGGAUUCCAAAGCAAGCCUCAGAGCAGGAAGUUACUCAAUUAGUGGUGUCUUAUGGCAGGAUCAACAACGUGAUCUUAAUGCCAUGCUCUGAGGAAGAGAGUGAAAAGGGUGAUGGACAAAAGGCGUCUGUCUGCAUGGUUAAGGCUGCAGAUGCACAGGCUUUGGCAAACUCAACAGACCUCACGAUUGGAGAGCAGCUAAUUACUGCUUCAAUUGCCAAGGUACCAGAGUCAGGGCAGUCUUCUGCCGACAGUAACAGAAAACAUACUCUAAGUCCAGACGGGGGUGCUGAAACUAAAGACUCUGUGAGUAAGGCUGCCAUGAACACUUCUGCAAAGGGCUUGGUGUUGAUCACAGGACUUCCUGAUGGUGACUGGUCAGAGAGUGAUGUCAUCAAGCUCAUCCAGCCUUUUGGAAAUCCCACUGACAUAAUCUUCGCUAAAUCAGUGGGAAAGGCUCUACUGUCAGUGCCAGACGUGAAGACUGCUGAAGAGGCGGUCAAAGUUCACACCUCCAUUCCGGCAAAGAUUAAAGACUGCGAACUGAAGAUGAUUGAUAUCAAGCAGCAUAUUGGCACUGACACACCAGUGGCUCUGUACAAUCUACUGAUGCAGUCGCUGGACCCAUUGGAGAGUUCAACUCCAGUUAGCUGGACCAGCCUCUUGGUGAUCAAUAAUGUUCCUGAUACCCCCACUGGUUCCAGUGAAGUUAAGCAAUUGGUUCAGCGUUUUGGGACUGUGGUCAAAACUCUGGAACUUAAAAAUAUGGUCAUUUGUGAAAUGGCAACUGGAGCCAUGGCCCUCUCUGUCUAUAAACGCUUCCAGAGGUUUCCAUGCAUUAUACAAAACAACCCUCUGUUCUUUUCCCGCAAGCCUGACCCCAAAGCUAACACACAGACUGAAGUGUUACCUUCAAACCUGCAUUCAUCUGAGGAUAUUCUCGCAAAUGAUGAAGAAUGCAAUACAGGUCCAGCCGACCAAGAUGAGAGAGCACAUGAAGAAAAUGUUUCUGUGGAAAUGGAAAAAGGGCCAGAGAUAUUAAUGGGCCUUCAAAAAGUGGUAAAUGCAGAAGAGGUGGUGGGAGAAAAUGGAAGCUGUACCACUCACGAGCCGAGGGAUGUGCUGUCCAUAUCUGCACUUGAACCACACACGCAGACUGACAAAGAGAAUUUGUUCACUAUUGAAGCAGUCAUGAAGGCUGACAAGAAGGAUGCAUCAGCUGAUGAGACUAUUAUGCAGACUGUAACUGUAAAUGCAGCUGAGUUAGAAACCCAUGUUGGUCAAGAUACUUCGACAGCAGUGACCCUUUCAGAGUUUUCCAAGGAUACUCCAGAGGUGCAUGCUGGAGCAACAACUGACCCCCAUCCAAAUAAAAUGGGAGGUUCUGCAAAUAGAGAUCGAGUUCACCUGGAAACAGAAGGGGAAAAGGUGUCAAAUCAAACGAAAGAGACGGAUAGACCAAAAGUAGUUGAUGAAACAAAAGGGACAGUAAAGAACCAUGCAGAGGCUGGUUUAAAGACUCAAGAGCGGGAGAGAAAUGAAAAAGAGGCAAGAAAGGAGAAGGAAGCAAAAGAGAGAGAGCGAAAUGUUAGGGAGAGGGCCCGGGAGAAAAUACAAAGGGCCAAGUGGGAUAGGGAGCAGGAGGAAAGAACCAAAAGAGAGAGGAGGGAAAUGGAGAAGAAGAAGGAACGUGAUGUGUCCUCAGGAGUCAGAUCAUCUUGCAGGUUUGAGACGUAUAAAAGCAACCCCUACAUGGUUGAACAAAGAAUCUCAAACAAAUCAGAUGCUAAACUGCCCAAAAUGGAGAGAGAAGAUUUUGAUUCCUUCCCAUUGAGCAUGAGUGACUUUGUCACUGUGGAUGAAGUUGGGGAUGUGACUGACUUGAAUGACCUGCUCCAUUCCCCUUCUCCUGCUGCUCCAGCGAAAACCACAGAGCAAGCGCACUCACUGACGAGUGUCCCACAGGACACUCAUGAGGUCAUACCUUUGGAAGUAACCAACGGAGUGAAUAUUCAGCCAAUGAAGUCUGAUGAUCCCGUAACAGAUUUUCAGCAUCAGCCCAUGAAAUCUGAUGAUCCCGUAACAGAUUUUCAGCAUCAGCCCAUGAAAUCUGAGGAUCCCGUAACAGAUUUUCAGCAUCAGCCCAUGAAAUCUGAGGAUCCCGUAACAGAUUAUGGAGAUCAGCCUACAACUUCAGUUGGGACCUCCGAUAAUUUAUCAUCAGAUGUGAAUGGCAUGCUUGGCUGCAAAAUUGCAGCCCCACCCACAGAAACUCAGCAAGAAUUUUCUCCUGUCAACCAAAAAUUAGUGCCCACUUGUCAACCAGAAGAAUUUGAGAAGGAAACUAUACCUUCUGUUCCCGUGGAAUCUGUGAUCAAAGUUGAGGCUCUUCCAACACCUAUCUCUAUAAGCACAGCGGUCAUUGAUGACUCCACAUCAGAUGAUACCACGAUUGAGGUGGGAAUGACUUCAGGAAAUAACAAUGCAGAAGAAAAGCAAUCUAAAGCAACAACGCUGGUUAACAGCCCUUUAAAUGACGGACAGACCGUAAUGUUGGAAAACGCACAGGCAAUGGAAAAAAUCCAAACAACAGAGGACACACAGACAAGCCUUCCUUCUGAUGAGCCAGCAAGAGACAGGUUGUCUGACAUCCCAACAAUCAAUGAAGAGAAGGGUGUGGAUAAGCCAGUAACUAAAGAAACUCCUAUGGCCACAGAAAAUACCCUCCAUUUUGACCCCAGCAUACCAGUUGGCAUGGAAUUCUUGGUCCCAAAAACAGGAUUCUUCUGCAAAGUUUGUAACCGUUUUUUCAGUGGAAACGAAGACACUCAGAUCACCCACUGCAAAAGCCUCAAACACUUUGAGAACCUGCAGAAAUACUUGGAGACGAGAAAACUGAAUGUGACUGUAAAACCAAAGUCCAGUCAAUAGUUUUGAUAACUGCUCUUGAGUGAAUAUUACCAUUUCUGUCAUUUGAAUUCCCCUCUCUUUGUUGUCCUAGCGAAGCAAAGACAUUACAAAAGUCUUACCCCAGCCCACAGUGUCGGUAGAUGUUUAUUUUUUUUUUUCAUUCACAUGUCACAAUUCCCAACAUAUAGUGUGACUUUCAGGGGAUCAUCCCAUUUCUGAUAAGGAACUGAAUUACUACUAAAACAAAAUGGCUGAGGUAACUGAACUAAAACGUCCAAUCAGCUUGGUCUUUUUAGUAUUGCUAUCAGCUAUAAUUUUUUACCGAUGUACGUUUUCAGGAAAUUUUUGUUCUUUGUCCAAACAAUUGUUUUUAGUUUAGUUCAAACUUGUAUGCUCACAUUUUACUCCUUUAUCAGAGAUAUGGUCUGGCUACGAACGAAAAUAAUGACUGUAACUGAAUUCAAAGGUCAAACAUCCCAGCAUGUUUUGUUCCCCAGAGUUUCUGUGAAGACCUACUGUAGUAAAAGUCUAGUGAGUUAUAGUUUAAGUGCAUAUUCUCUUGCUAGUUUAAUUUUGUUGGUACCGUCUUGGCUAGGUUGAAAUUUUGUAUGUACUGAUUUCUGAUCAAGGAACAAGGUAAACUUGUACAGUUAAGAGAGGUGCAAGAAAAAAACAUGCAGAAAUGUUCUCUAAACUGUUUUGGGAGGUCAGCUUUUUCAACAUAUUGUAUUCGUGAACCUUGUACCCUGAUGUACCCUCUGCAUUAAAGACCUUUGUAUGGCA